UUGAAAGAGUUGGUACUGAGGAAAAAAUCCAAAUCCAAAAUGUACAAUUCUUCAACUGGAAAUUCUAUGUUAUGUAGAGAUUUCAUGCGGCCUAGGAUUAUCCAGGCCAGUUUGAAAACCCAAAAGGAGGGAAUUGCUGGCAAUACAAAGGUACCCCGCAAUGUCAACAUGGAGAAGUUACGUAGUGGCUAUCUGUUUCCUGAGAUCUCAAAGCGUGAGGUUCAACACAUUGAGAAGUAUCCCGAUGCAAAAUUGAUAAGCCUUGGAAUUGGGGAUACCACAGAGCCCCUACCGGAUAUCAUAGCUUCAAGCAUGGCAAAUUAUGCACUUUCACUUUCAACGGCAGAAGGUUAUAGAGGGUAUGGAGCUGAACAGGGCAACAAAGCCUUGAGGAAAGCUAUUGCAGAAACAUUUUACAAAGAUGUUCGGAUAAAGGAAACAGAAGUUUUCGUGUCAGAUGGCGCACAGUGUGAUAUUACUCGCCUUCAGCUGCUCCUCGGUUCCAAUGUGUCAAUAGCCGUGCAGGAUCCAUCCUUUCCAGCCUAUGUAGAUUCAAGUGUCAUAAUUGGUCAAGCUGGUGAUUUUGAAGAUAAAUCUCGGAUGUAUGGGAACAUUGAGUACAUGAAAUGUGUGCCCCAGACUAACUUUUUUCCUGACUUGGCUAAAACUUCACGAACUGAUAUAAUUUUCUUUUGCUCUCCGAAUAAUCCCACCGGACAUGCAGCAACGCGACAGCAGUUGGAGCAACUUGUGAAGUUUGCUAAGGAGAAUGGAUCGAUCAUAAUUUUUGACUCUGCCUACGCAGCCUAUAUCACUGAUGAUUCUCCUCGGUCGAUCUUUGAAAUUCCUGGGGCAAGAGAGGUUGCGAUUGAAGUUUCAUCUUUCUCUAAAUUCGCAGGGUUCACAGGCAUUCGUCUUGGCUGGACAGUUGUUCCUGAAGAACUGUCCUUCUCAAAUGGUUUUCCCGUAAUAAAUGACUUCAAUCGCAUUGUAUGCACCUGCUUCAAUGGAGCAUCAAGCAUAGCUCAGGUUGGUGGACUGGCAUGUCUUUCCCCAGAGGGUUUCGCAGCUGUGUGUUCCAUUACUGACUACUACAAGGAGAACGCAAAAAUACUGCUCAACACUUUUGCUUCUCUUGGUCUAAAAGUAUAUGGUGGUAAAAAUGCUCCUUACCUCUGGGUACAUUUUCCUGGUUCAAAAUCUUGGGAUGUAUUUACCGAGAUUCUGGAGAGGACUCAUAUAAUAACUGUUCCAGGUUCUGGUUUUGGUCCAGCAGGUGAAGAGUUCAUGAGAGUUUGUGCUUUUGGACACAGAGAGAGUAUCCUGGAAGCCGCGAGGAGGCUGGAAAACCUUUAUUUGUAGAAAGGAAAAACUCGAUGGUUUCUGCCUCGUCUAUUUAUAAAUAUCAAAGCACUUUUUUUUCAGUUUACCAUAUUAUUGGCUCGGAAAUCCUCCAUUUGCAUGGGAUAUAGAGAAUCUAUAGUCUUUUAUAUCAUGCAGGCAGCUGAUUAAUGUUCUUGUUUUUCACCUUGUUUGUAGAACUGGGAAUAAGGCAGCUCAUUUCAUGGCUUCGCAGGUGGAUAGAGAUACAAAUGUAGUUGCGUUCUUGAAUAAUCAUCUUUUGUUUUCGAGGAUUUGCAGUGAUUUUGUAUCUUUGCAGUACAACUGCCUUGUUCUUGAUGAAAUGAA